AUGCUGCAGCAGCCGACGGUGCGAAAGUCAUUCGAGGGUCUGGAUCUUCAGUCCGCCAAUGACGGAGGCACAUCUGGAGCUCGAUUUCUUAAAGGUCUGCGACUCCAGGAUUUCAACGGUGCAUGGGUUGGGAGCCUUUUGAGCGGGACAGCUCCUGCAUUUGCGCAGCGGAUGAGCACGCCGCCAGCAGGCAGCAUUAGCUUAAUGCAAGUAUGCGUCACCGGUCGGGGAUGCGGUGCGCGCGACGGCCAAAGCGGGCCGGAAAGUGGGAUUGUCUACGCGACGGGGAAGGCGUUUUUCAUUCACACCCAACUCCGCGUCCAUCGCAUCCUGGGCCCAGCAACACCACAGGCAUACCAACGGCUCAUCUUCUCGAAGCUUCUUAGCGCGGAACCAAUUUUGCUGCUAGAGUUGCGCGAUACGGUCCACAGUCUCCUGGAGCCCUUAUGCCACACGCCACUACUGCCAGUCGCGAGUGUCGCUACUGCGAGUAUCCAUCGCGCUAGGUUUGGAUCCGACGAGCCUCCGUUGUCCGGCACCCAGCCGGCUACCCCGCAGCGGCGGGGACCCCGUCAGAGCCCGGACCACAGACCCCUUACCUCUGGCGCCGUCAGCCCCUCUCAGGGCCGCGCCUCCCGCCACGGCGGCACUGGUGGUCGGGUUAGCGUCAGCGCUGGCAGCGCCACCUCCGGCGACGGUGGAAGUAACGAAAUCGAUGGCAGCGGCGGCCACGGUGUCAGCGAGCCUGACGGUGCGUGCGGCAUCGCUGGCGCUGCCUCCACGGCCUCUGGGAUGGUCGUGGACCUUGGCAUCGAGGGGCUUCGAUUGCACCCCUGCUGGGUGUACGAUGAGAGUGUCGUUUCAACACCAGGUGGUGGUGGCGGCGGAGGUGGUGACGGCAGCAAUACGGGAAUCCGCCGCCGUCGGCCGGGUGUAGUCAUAUGGCACCGACAGCCCCUAGAGGGAGGGUACUGCCGAUCUAUGGCGCUACGCAGCCUGGGUCUGUUAUCGCAUCUGGACGCAGCCGUCACGCUUAUCGCCUGCUCCGGGCGCGUUGUAUUUCAGAACACGGCUUCCCACCGCUACCACGGCUGCCUAACCAAAGCUCGAGGUGGCGGUGGCGGUGACGACACGACAGCGGACGACGCCUAUGCUAUGGCACCAACCGAAGCUCGGGGCGCUGACGGCGCUGCCGCAUGUGCGCCACUGCGCCGUGCAGCGACACAUCUCGAGGUGUACGGUGAUUCGUACAGUUUGCAUCCGCAAUUGCAGCCGCAGCCACAGGCACAGCCACCUCCACAGCCACAGCCACAGCCACAGCCGCCGACGGCGACGGCGACGGCGGAAGUGGCGGAGUUGUCGGAUGUUCGCCGAGCCGAUGUAGAGGCAUGCUGCGACGGCAGGGGCAGCCAAGUCAGGCUGGCACCGAAGGACAGAGGGCUGAGAGACCCGGGUUCGACGGCUGGAGCCACUGAUGCCGCCGCCGCGAGUCACCGACGGGGUACCGUCGCUACCGUGGCUUGCGCGGCGUGCCGUACCGCGCCUUUUGGCGGCUGCGACGCCAGCGCAUACGGAGGAGAUCGUCCAGUGUUCAAGUUCUUUGGAUGUGGGGCUGACGGUGGCGCCGCAUCAUCCACGGGUGUUGGCAUAUACGGUGGCUGCGGUAGCGGUGGUGGCGGCAGCAGAAUCAUCAGCGCUGCGGGUAACGGCAGCUUCUUGCGUAUGGGCAGCGGCGGAGAUGCGGGUCAGACGCCCAAUGAGACCCGCGGGUCGGUAGUAUUGGAGGACGAUCCGUUGCAGUUGUCCGCCUGGCGGGCGGCUCUCAAGGUCAGCACCUCGAGGCGGACGUUGGAGGGGACGUACGGCAACGUACGGCGCCCGCCACCACGGCAGGCGUCUGCCGCUGCUGGAUCAGCACUAGCGACGUCACAAACAGCUGCAACAACAUCUGCAGCAGCAGGCGGCCUGGCAUCAGCUGGCUCUACCAGGCUCAGGGGUCUGUCGCUGUGGGGGAUCGGGCGCAGCAACAGCAGCAGGAGCUGGGAACAAGAUGGCGCUGGGCAGCCUCAGCGUUCCGGCACGACAGCUGGUAUUGUCACCAUCGGGCCCUUCGCGAGCCCUGCAAGCGACCUGCCGCGAGGAUUCCUUGCACAUGUCGACGGCAGCGGCAGCGGCGGCGGCUGCACCCGCAGUAUUGGCAGUGUCGGCGGUAGUGCCGCCCGGGACCCCGGCGGGACCUGCAGCAACAAGGGGGCAAAGCGCAGCAGUCUCGAGCUGGCCAUUACGCUUGCAGCGUCUGCUGGGGGGAAAUCCUUCAGCGUAGGCGGCCUCAGGCAUGGCCCGCCGCCGCGGCCGCCACCGCCGCUGUCAGCAACGCCAGUGGACGGUCGUACACGUGAUUUUGUACAAGGGCAAGAGUCCGUUGACAGCGCGUCCGGAAUGGCUUCCCAUCCGCUAUCAACUCUUAGCAGCAGCGGCGGAGGCGAAGGCGGCGGAGGCGGGGGUGGAGGUGGAGGCGACUGUAGGGCAGCACAAUUGGCUGGAACGCGGAAGCUGGACACCGCGGCAGCGGAGGCAGCGCCCCCGGCGACAGCUACGGCUGCGGCUGCGGACGGGGUGGCUGCGGCUGCGGCGGCCAAAACUGAGACAGCGGCAGGGUCUAUUAUGGACUUGCCGGCAGUAGCGUUUGAAUCGGCAGCGCCGGUCUCGGGUGUCAAUGCCGCGAAUGACACCUGGGAUACCGCUGAGGACUGUUCCGGGUACUCAGAUGUCCGGGCCUCGUUAUUAGCGGGCCUGCAGCUUGCUUUGGCGUCAUCGCUCGCGCCAUCGCCGCAGGCAGCGCCGCCGCCAGUGAUGAAUUGCGCUGCACGUGCAAUGGCGGCAGUAGCAGAAGCGACGGCGCACAGGGAUGAACCGGGUGCAGGAUCGGUGACACGUGACGAGACCGCCAACGCCCCCGCCAGUAUUAGCUGUAAUGCCGUACAAGUUGCCGUUCCAGAUAAUCUGUUUGUUAGCCCAGUUGGUAGAAAUGACGGGGGCGGUCGAUCAAUGUCUCGCGUCGGCGCCGCUGGCGAUGAGCGCGAUAGCUUGGGGCCCCCAAUUUCUAAGUUGCUCGGAGAUGUGAAUGCGGAAGAAGAUUUUGCACAGCACACCAAGUAUGCUGAUUGUUUGCAUCAUGCAUGUGACCUGCACGUCGCCCGGCUGCUUGACGUCGGCGGCGUGCCAUUCCAGCCGCCACUGUCCCUGCCGCCGGGCGCCGCAUCGCCAUCACCAGCCCUGCCGUCGGCGCAAUCUCCACCGUCGCCGUCGCCGUCGCGGCCUCUGAACGUCUCAGCGACCGCCACCUGGCAGGAGCGCCCACGUUUGCAGAGUGCGCCCAUGGAAGUGCCGGCGGCGGCGGUGCCAGUGGCGCCGCCGUGUGACGUACCACCCCAAUGUGGACAUCAGCUGCUGGCGGCGCAACUGCCUCCAGGACGUGGAACGGAAUCCGGAUUGAGAUGUGGAUGUGGACCCGGAUCAAGCUCGGAAGAUGUCCGGGCGCCCCCGCCACCACCACCACCACCACCACCACCACCACCACCACCAAGGGGCAGCGCCCUGACAGACGUGCCGGAAGCUGACCAGGCCUCUACCACCACCGACCUAUAUCUGGUACUCGUGAGACCGCCAUCACCGCCACCAACAUCGCAGCCGCAGCUGCAACAACAACCGCGACAGCAACGACAGCAGCAGCAGCAGCAGCAGCAACCGCACGGCCGAGUUGGGCGGCCGACAGAGCGGCCCCGCCGUCCAGCGGUGUCAGCGCCGCUUCCGGAAGCGUCUCCGGCCCCGGCCGAGGCGCUAAGCGGUUCAUCGUGUUGCCCGGACGAGCAGAACCUACGUUGGCACGAGGUGACGGCGUCGCCAUUUCCCGACCCGGUGACCGGGCAGCAAUUGCUGCUGCUUGUACAGGCUGACGUCACCUCCCGAGUUGAGGCUGAGCGGAAGCUGGUGGAGCUCACUGCGGCUCAGACGGGCAUGUUGGAACAAAUGUUUCCUCGCCAUGUGUUGGAGUUUGUGGCGCGCCAUGGUGAGGCGAUUGGUGGCAUGGACUUCUCCGCCAACGUUGAAGCUUUUGCCACAAGCCAUGACCUGGCUACAGUCCUGUUUACCGGUGUGUUCUAA